AUGGUUUCUGAUGCAUCAAGUUCAGGUGUUAUUUGCAGCAAGAUAUGGUUCGUGUGGCGAUGGUCAAGAUCGAUCAUGUCUCCGCUGUCUACACACUGUCCACCUGUUAUCUUCUCAGCAGGAUUUCAGGCCGAUCCGAGAGAGCCGGUGCUGGAUGAUCCCGGUCUUCUCCAACAAACGCCAGAGAGCAUCACGAUCAGCCACAUCGCCUUCCUCGUGUGGAUUGCGGAUUGUAUGCAUGAACAACAAACUACACAACAAAUAAGAUCUUCUUCCAGAUCUUCAUUUUCAUGGGUUUCAGCGCAUGAGCAACGAAACACAUAG